AUGGCAGACACGCCAGAGACGGAGCGGCGCCCGUCGAUGGACGAUCAAGUUCCCGACCUACCCUCCAAGCAAGAGCAAACCCUCACCAACGAUGGUAACACAGACGCCGCCCCUCCAAAGCGAGUCCCGUCUCUGCGGUCCGUCUCGGAUCCCCCCGGCCGGAACACAAGCUCGACGGCACGCGGUCUCCUCGACGAUGCCAGAAAUCCCGCCCGCCUCGCAACUCCCACCUCCGGGCCCCUCGCUGGACGAUUGGGCGCCCUCGAUGCCAACGUGCUGGCCAAGGCCCGGCGCCUCCAGCAGGACCGUAUGAAGCUGGCCAGCUCCAACGCCAGCUCCCCUGGCUCGGCCAGUCCCAUGUCUCCCAUGGGCGCCAGUCCAAACGGUCUCGUGCCGCGCAUGCCCGCAGGCAUGGUCCGCCCUGGGCCCGUUAUGCAUGUCAACUCGGCCCCGGCUGUCACGCGGCCGUCCCUGAUGGAUCGCCGCGGCGCCGGCCUCAAGCUUCCCGACAUGGGCGCCGGCGGAGCCUCACCCGCCAGCCCAGCACCCAGCAUGCGACGUGCCAACGCCCCAAAAUUCUCCGACAUGGGCAGCGGCGCUCCUAGCAGCACUAGCACAAGCACUUCGACCCCUAGCUCAAAGCUGGAUGACUUUAAGAAGUACAUUGAUGCGGACAAGGGCUGGAUCACGUUUGACGGCGCGGCGACCAUUACCAAGUCAGGCGUCAACUUCGCCAACGGACAAACAUUCAAGAUCUCGCUGGACGAGGUCGAAACAGUGAGCGAGCUCGGCAAAGGCAACUAUGGCACCGUCUAUAAGGUCCGCCACACCAAGCGCAAAGCCCCUCGCUUCGGCCAAGGUCUUUCUGGCUUCAAGGCGCACCAGGCGCGCUCCGAAGACACCGAGAACGAAGAUGCCGCCGCCGCCGCUAACGGUGAGCCCAGCGACGGCACCACAGGCAUGCUCAUGGCCAUGAAGGAGAUUCGACUGGAGCUGGACGACGCCAAGUUCACCACGAUCCUCAAGGAGCUUGUUAUCCUGCACGAGUGCGUGUCGCCCUACAUCAUUGACUUUUACGGCGCUUUUUACCAAGAAGGCGCCGUCUACAUGUGCAUCGAGUAUAUGGACGGCGGGUCCAUCGACAAGCUGUACGAAGGAGGAAUUCCCGAGAGCAUCCUGCGCAAGAUUACGAAUGCGACGGUCCACGGGCUCAAGUGCCUCAAGGACGACCAUAACAUCAUCCACCGCGACGUCAAGCCGACCAACAUCCUCGUCAAUACGCGGGGGCAGGUCAAGAUUUGCGACUUUGGCGUCAGCGGCAAUCUCGUGGCGAGUAUUGCCAAGACCAACAUUGGCUGCCAGAGCUACAUGGCCCCGGAGCGGAUAUCGGGCGGCGCCAUGUCGCAGUCGGGCAACGCGGACGGCACGUACAGCGUGCAGAGUGACGUAUGGAGCCUGGGCCUGACGGUGAUUGAAUGCGCCAUGGGGCGAUAUCCUUAUCCACCGGAAGUUUCGUCGACGAUUUUUGGUCAAUUAAACGCCAUUGUCGAAGGCGAACCACCCACACUGCCCACCGACGGCUACUCGGAAACGGCGCAGGACUUUGUACGGGGCUGCACCAACAAGGUGCCGCUGAAGCGGCCGACGUACGCGGCCAUGCUGAAGCACGCGUGGCUGGCGUCCCUGUCCAAGCCGGUGACGAUUACCGAGGAGGCCGAGGAGGAUGAGGGCGAGGAAGCGGAGCGCGUGGCAGCGCGCGUCGGCCGCAUGGCUCUUCACUCCGGCACUGAGGACGAAGAGGUCGCCGAAUGGGUCCGCGGCGUGCUGCAGCGCAAAGCGGACGGCGCCGGCGUCGCCGGCGAGAAGACGGCGGUGUCAGGAGAGGGUCGGCCGGCUCUGCACGCGGCGCCGCUCAACACGGUCAGUCCCCUCAAUAGCCCGGCGUCUGAGUAA